GGCGGAUGCAGAAGAGGGUAGUGAGGCUGUGCGUGAGUCACAUGGGAAACAGUCAGGGUGCCGUCACAUGGUUUGUGUUUGCAAGCCGAGGCUAACAAAGAAAAAGACAAAGUUUGCGUGCUGUGCUGUUCUUGAUUUAAAAGUGCCAGACAGCUUUGAGCCCCGCUUGCUUCCUGUUAUGGAAAUUCCUGCCAUCAAUCUAAAGGCCAUCGUUCUGGUGCACUGGCUGCUUACAGUCUGGGGCUGCAUGGCGUGGCUGCCCACCUCGUUCGCCUGGGGCAACUUUAGCGUCCUGGCUGUGGGGGUGUGGGCCGUCGCUCACAGGGACUCCAUUGACGCCGUGCUGAUGUUUCUGAUCGGGAUGGCCGUGACCAUCUUGACGGACAUCAUCCACUUUGGCAUCUACUACUCGCUGAGCGAAAUGGCGUCGGAAAAGGGGCGAGACGUGUUCCGCUUCAGCGCCGGCAUGGCCAUCCUCAGCCUGCUGCUCAAGCCCGCUUCCUGCUUCUUCGUCUACCAGAUGUACCGCGAGCGAGGGGGGGAUUACAACGUCAACUUUGACUUAGAGACCUCAGUGGACAGCCGCUGCACAACGGACAGUGCGGACAGUGCAUUUAUUGGCCGCCGCUAUUGACCGCCCCACCUUGACCCCGCCCCCGCCCCCCCCUCCUCCCUCGCCCAAACCCUUUCUCUCUCUGCCAAUCAUCUGCCUUCCAUUCCCCUCUGCACAGGAAGUGAGCUCAUGAACAGGGAAGGACAAAGAGAGCACUUUUUUUUCUCUCUUUGUCAUUUUUUUCUAUUUAUAAGUGUGUGUGUGUAUGUGUGUGUGUGUGUGCGUGUGUAUCCCUUCACACCUUGUUCUCUCAUGUAUUAUUCAAGAUUAUUCACGUUUUUUUGUUUUUCUUUCAAGAUACAAGCUGUCAUUGGCUUUGCAGUUUGUGGAAUUCCAAAAAGGAGGCCACAAGCUUUUUUAAUCCAGUUCACAGUUGAAGGGUGCUGUCAAACUUAACGUCAAACAAAAGUUAAUCACACCAUGUGGAUUUAAUAUAAAUAAAUUGCUUUCUAUUAAAAAAAAAAAAAAGGUCUGUUGAGCCUCAUGCUAUCGAGUAGUGCAAAACGCCAUCAACGGGCUAAUGAAUGGCAGUGGCGUUGCAGCGUUAUAACUCUCGAAGCAAUAUUCGAACGCAAGUGGUGGAGACACACGUAGGCAGAAUAUAUUUAUAUGUGUGAGAGAGAUGUUUGAUUCAUAAUUGUCUAUUUUAUAUUUAUUGUGAUGCCGUUUGCAUAUUCAUUCAUUCAUUCAUCUUCCGAGCCGCUUGAUCCUCACUAGGGUCGCGGGGGGUGCCGGAGCCUAUCCCAGCUGUCUUCGGGCAGUAGGCGGGGGACACCCUGAAUCGGUUGCCAGCCAAUCGCAGGGCACACAGAAACGAACAACCAUUCGCACUCACACUCACACCUAGGGAC